UCACUCUAACACCGCUACAUCGGCUGUGCCUUGUUGUUUUGAUAAACUUGUCACGACCAAUCAGAAGUUCGCAAGAAAUUAACGUAAAGUCUGACGUGUCCCGAAACGAACCUUGCACGAUUCAAGAUUAUUCUGGAUCUGUAUAAAAUUAUAAGCAACACGAGUUACGCCGAGUACAAUACUGUGCUACCUGGAACAGCAAAGAAGUGAAACCAUGGCGCCCACGUUACAGUCUUUCAUGCAUUCCUUCAACAACAAAUUGGAAGCACCGGUCAGGCAACACUUGAAAAAUGUCUACGGUUGCCUCUCACUUUCCACCGUGUCGGCGGCUGUCGGUGCGUACAUCCACAUGUACACCGGUAUUCUGGAAGCUGGACUGCUGACGACACUCGGAGCUCUCGGACUCCUUUUUGCCCUGAUAUCGACGCAGGAUAAUGACAAAAACCAGAAACUACGUCUUGGCUAUCUUCUUGGAUUCGCGUUUCUUUCUGGUCUAGGAAUGGGCCCCCUUUUGGAGGCGGUCAUCUUUGUCGAUCCCAGCAUUAUAGUCACUGCGUUAGUAGGCACUACAGUGAUGUUUGUCUCGUUCAGCAUCUCAGCAAUCCUAGCUGAACGAGGCCGCUGGUUAUACUUUGGUGGAACUCUGAUGACCAUGUUGAACGCUAUCCUACUCAUUUCGUUGGCAAAUCUCUUCUUGCGCUCGCCCGUUGUCCACCAAAUUCAUCUAUACUUGGGUCUAUUUGUAAUGUCAGGAUUUGUCCUUUAUGACACACAACUUAUCAUCGAGAAGCGUCGCAUGGGCAGCAAGGACUUUAUCGCUCACUCUCUCGAUCUUUUCAUUGACUUUAUUGGUGUUUUCCGUCGGCUUCUUAUUAUUCUUACCCAAAAGGAGCAACAAAAUCGCAAACGUAAAGACUAAAACCGACGAUGAUGGUUGGGAGGAGCAUCAAAGCAUUCAGUAAAUUCAUAAAAUAAAGGUCUUCAUCUAUCCUGUCCCAUACAUAUACAAGGUGUUCCAGUUACCCGCCGCCACGACAUGUCAACAACCGUCACUGGAAACAUUCUAUAACUUGUUGUGAUUAUAAAAUUUCCCCUAGAGGUACCAUAACUUUAUAUGUAAAAUAAUGGAUUUCAUUUGGUUUCGUGCUAAAGAGUAUUGAAAAAUCGUGAGCUCAAAAACUGUGGCACCUUGUGUGUAUAUAAAUAUACAUAAUAAAUAAGUACAUUUAUGUUAUUUCAUACAAGAGAACAUACUAUACUUAUAUACUUAUAUUUACUAUAUAUAUAACUUGCUGUAACUCUGGAUUAAAUCUUACACUCCUGACGUGGCUCGCCCAAAAUUGAUCAUUUCUGUUAAUAAUCAAUCAUAUCAAAUAUCUGUUAAAUAACUACCAAAGUUGGGUGUUGAUUGUAUAAGCGUUCUAAAACCUGCUUGCAGACGUGCGUCGUCUUGUCUUGUGAUUCGUGACGAGCCAUUUCAAGAAGUGAAAUUUGAUUCUUACUAAUUGAUUGUAUAGUACAUUAAGGAUUACGGUAAUUUAUAAAAUUUGUGAAAUUCAGGGGUAAUACACGUGGUAAUUUCAUGCUACCUUAAA